CAAACAUGCAUGGCCAUGGCAGAUCAAAAUUCCAACGAAACUCCAAGCACGUGAGCGUAUAAAGACUUUCUUUUUGUACGGUUCCAGAAUCGAUCAACGUCGGAUGAAUAUGGACCAGUUAUGGUCGGUCGAUGUGCUGUCUGAAAAGAUAAGUUUCCUUCUCUCUUCAGCCGUGUGCUGCUUAGUAUGUCUUUCGUCUUCAUCGUGCCUAUUCACUCUUUCGAUUCAUCCAGAUCUCGUAGUGCACUCCAUCGCAGCACUGACAGUAAUCUUAUCCCACUUCGUUUCUGUCACUGAGGAUGUUAGAUAAUGCAUUGAAAAAACAAAUGGCAGACUCUAUGUCAUCUCUUCAUGGGCAUGUCGCCUCUCUUCUUCGUCAUAUGGACAUAUGGUUGUUUCGCUUGUUAAUGAGCAUGCAUAUAAAUUCAGGAGUGUAGCUCAGAAACAAGCUUUUCUGAUGGAACUAUAUUCACCUGAACUCCGGAUUUUCAAGAAUUUGGUCUCAGGGAAUGUGGCCAGUGUUGCAGAUGUCAUUUCCUAGCUACAUCUACAAAAAUCAUCAGUCUUACGUCACAUGAAAUAUGUGCUUCAGCCUAUACUAGAGAGGAGAAUUCUCGAUCACUCUAUCAUACACAAGGCAAUUGUGGAGUUUCUAAGCAUUGCUAAUCAGUCUUCUGGUGCUGAUGUAAUCCAGCCAUUAUCAAGCGCAGAUCUUGUAUGGAUGAUACACACCGGGGAUGGAUCCAGGAUUGCAAUUCUUUGUGUCAAGCAUGGGAGUGCAAAGGAUAGGAACAAAAUAAUCGAAGGGAUGAAAAGAAAAAUUGAGAAGAUAGCUCGUGAUAAGUUGGGUAGUAUUGAUGGGCAUUUUGAGCUAGUUAUAGUUUGUGAUCUUGGAAGGGAUAUUUUGUUGUUUGUGAAGGUUUUUUUUUUUUUUUUUGCAGCUCAUUAGUUAAGAGCUAAAUUUUUGCAUGUAAACUAUCAAUUUAACAUUACAUUAAUGAAGAGUUGAGUUCUAUUUCAGGG